UAAGAGGUUAAUACUUGUGCAUGACAGCAUACUAAUAAAAAUUAUGUGUUCCACCAACAAUCGGCCCUCAUGUUGUUUGCCAUGAUCCACACCGUGCCAUGAUUGCCACACAUGGCCCAGCUCUGGCUGAAAGGGUACAUGCCAUUGCCAACAGGAGGCCAGCAGUGUCAGCUUGAGGCCACAUUUGGGCCAAGUCCGUUUGCUAUGUGGGGUGUAAUUUAUACAAUACUGAACUUGAGAAAUGUACAUGCAGAACCCAAGGUUGUUCACUAUGAAUGUUUGAAGCCUUACAAGUUACAUUUGUUGUAGAGAAUAGGGCCCAGUACUUCCCUCUGUUCCUCAUGUACGUAGACCUUCAGGUCACAUGUCACGAGUUUCACAUUCUGUGCAGUAGCCACUACAGUUGGUUGAACAGGCCUCAUCAUUAGUUGGGGAGCACAUGGAUACAAACUAUUUGAUAUUGCCUGUUGGUAUGUUAUGUUAUGUUUCCUCUAGAGUUUGGGACAUUAAAGAAAAAAAGUGAGAUUUAUUUUUUCUCUGUGUAUCUGAAAUGAGAACAUAAGAAAUGAAAACCAUGACCUGUUGGUCUUAAAGAAAAAGUACAGACAAGUAUAAAUACGACUUCUACACUUUGUGGUACAAAUAUGAAACUCAUCCCCACUGCUCUGAAACAUACCAGAUACUUUGUAACCAACCAACACCAUUGUUUUUGUGUGUGUGUAGACACUGAAUGAAUGUUGCCUGAUUCAUUGGUUAAAGAUAGCAAGGUCUAGCACAUGAUAUGAUUACAAAACAGUGUAGUAUCAUAGUGGAAUGGAACAUGGGCCUUAUGUUGUGUUGAAACAUAAUAAAUACAUAAAUAAAUAUAUAAAAUUAUGUAAAUGUACUUUUAUUCCAACAACAACAAAAAAAAGAUCAGUAUGAGUUUUUCUUCUAUCCAGUUUCACAUAAAGUUCAAAUCAUACAAAUUAAGGCUACUAUAUAACAUUUCAUACAUUAUGCAGACUUCAAAACUGAUCUUUUCCUGUAAAAAUAAAAUAAAUAAUAAUAAUAAUAAUAAUAAUGCUAAGCCAUUUGCAAACUACACUACCAACUUGUAGGUUUAGCCCACCUGCUGGAACAGUGCGGAAAGCUUAGACAUCUUCUACAUGUAUCCUGUUAUUAUUAUGAUGCAUAUUAUGUUAUUUUGACUGUUUAAAAGUAGAAAAAAAUCCAUAUGUACUGCAUCCAUUAGUACAAUGGUCUAAAUCUAAACCAGACACGUGACUAACAAAAAUAAGGUGUCAAAGUGUUCGCCAAAGACAAAAAUAAAUAAAUAAAAUAUUUGCUAAAAUUAGCUCAGAGAAACCAUUAUAUAUUUGCUAUAUUUAAUAUCAAUCACAAGAUCUGAUCUUCACCAUUUAUAUAUUCUGGUGGUGUAUCUGAAGUGGCAAGUGGCAGAACUGAUCUUCUAUAUUUAAGAAUAGGCCUGCCAAGACACUGGCAAAGCACAAGACAGAAACAUUUGCACAUCCAAGGUCAAACAUUUGAUAAUGUAUUAUCUUGUUUGUUCUUGUCAAGCUCACAUUUUAUACUGUGGGAAAGCAGGUGUCAUAGUAUCCAAACUGUCAGAAGAAUCGUACAGAGGACAAAGAAUAAGAUUCAGCCAAUAUAAAGAGUCCAAUAUAAAGAGUUUUGAUGCGAGGCAACAAUACAAUUAUCAAGAAUAUAUAGUCAUUACAGCCAAUACGGAGCCACUAUCCAGACACAAAAUAAUAUAGUUGAAAUGUAAAAACCUUGUUUUAUUGAUUGAUUGGCAUGUAUUUUUUUUUUCUUUCUUUUUUUUUUAUGUUUCACAUUAAUAAGCAAGUCAUACAAAAAAAUUUAGUAAUGGAACAUGGAACAACAUGACCGUGAGUUAAUGAUGACAGAGUAAAUGAUGACAGAAUUGCAAUAACAUCACAUUCACAUAAUAAAUAAUAUGGGCCUCUGAAUUUAAGAUAAGUUAGACACUUGAAGCAGGCUGGAGGAAUAAAAGCAUGAUCAGCUUUUGUGUAAAUCUGCUUUCUGACUAUUUAAAAAUCCUUCUGUUAUAUUGUGUCAAUUCCCUUCAAGGACAAGGGAAUGGGGGAAGAAACCGACUCAAAGGAUUGUAAUCUCAAAAGCUGUUUUGUCCUGUCUACACUUUGAUAGCAGGAACCCAAACAAUGGUUGCCAUUUGUUGGAGUGUAACAAAAAACAAUCACAGACUCUUUCUACCAGACGGAUCUGCAAGAGAGAGUUUGAUUUCAGCUCUCUCAUGAAACAGCGAAUCAAAAGUGUGAACUUUAAGAACUUGCUGUACAUAUCUUUGAAAACCUUCUAUACAAAUCAUUUUUUGUUUUUGAGCCUGCAGUUUUCAGUCUCUGAUUUUAACCUUAGUUUUGAGGAUGUUUACCCUGACCAGCUCUUUGCCUUCAUUUGCUUGUGCACUGAUGUUGUGGGCUUUGUUGUCACCUCCUGUGGUCCAGGCCUGCCAAGGAGAUGAAUUACCGCGUGACAUGGUGCUUGGCUGGCUGAAAAGACGGAUCCUUGACGGUUUGGGGAUGGAUGAGCCUCCUCUGCCAGUGCUUCAUCUGCCAACACAGCAAGCAGUGAACAAAGUUGUGCAUCACGUAGCUUCGCGAAUGACAAGGGAGACAAGAGUGGAAAGAAGACACCAUCAGGAGACCUCACAGGUCAUUCUGUUCCCAAGCUCAGAGUCUACAUGCAAGGACACCCUUGAUAACUCAUCUGAGGCUGCAUCUGGUUACUUUACUUACUACUUUCAGCCCUCUCUGGACAGCCAGGACUCCAUCAUCACUUCUGCCCACUUCUGGUUCUAUGCUGGAGAGGCCAUAGCGUCUAGUAACAUUUCAGCGCCCCUUUUCAUUCUCACCCCUUACCAUGAGCUGCUCCAAGCAUCUGUAAGUCCAGUCAAACGCUCCACUGAUGGCUGGACCACCUAUAAGUUAGAUCUCCAUCUCCACAUUGCCAUGGCUAUAGGCCCUUUCAUGUUGCAGGUCCGUUGCCCAUCCUGCAGUUGCUAUGAUUCAGAAGAUAAAACACCCUUUUUGCACCUUCACACCCGUUCAAGUGGCCCCGACCGCUCUCGCAGAGCACCCAAAAUUCCAUGGUCACCAGCUGCUAUCGAAAAGCUCAGGAGACCUGCUUCUGAUGACACUGAUUGCAAAAGAGAACAGAUAGAAAUCUCCUUUGAGGACCUUGGCUGGGAUAACUGGAUUGUACAUCCUAAAGCCUUCACCUUCUACUACUGCCAUGGCAACUGCUCUAGUGCUGAGCGCACUACUACCCUUCUUGGCAUCAACCAGUGCUGUGCUCCUGUUCCUGAGAGCAUGAAGUCUCUCCGUUUCACCACCACCUCAGAUGGGGGAUACUCAUUCAAGUACGAGACCCUGCCUAACAUCAUACCAGAAGAGUGCAACUGCAUCUAACACUCUGCCGUGGCUGAGUUUAAGAUUAUCUGUAAAGUGCAUGUUUUUUUUUUUUUUUAACAAAAAUCUGCCAUUUUAAAUAAAUGAUCAAAGCAAAUAAUGUGUGCAUUAAAUCUGUGUGAAAGAUAUAUUCUAUGAUUGUAAAUGUAACUUUAUCAAAUGCUUAACUUCAGUAUCAUUACAAUUUUGUUAAUGCACAAACAGCAGUUUUCUGAAAAACCUUGCUCAGUAAUGUUUAUCAAACAUACACAACAGUUAAUUUCAUGUAAGACAAUUUGUACUAAAUUAAACAGCCAUUUACAGAAAAGGCAUCUUAACCUUGUCUACUAAGUUCUUUAAAAAUAAUAAUGCUAAAAUAUUUAAAUUGCACAUUACCCAGAUACUGUAUCUAUGACAAUAAAGAACAAAUGUUUGAA